UUACUACCCGCCAUUAAGAAGACGAAGAAGAAGAAGAAGAAGAAGAAGAAGUAGUGUGGAGUGUUUGUGUCUUCAAACUUUAACAGAAAGUUUAAUUAAAACACCGGAAACAGAACCGGGACAGAACCGGGACAGAACCGGGACAGAACCGGGACAGAACCGGGAGUCGAGAAUCCAGUUCAGAGAGUCCAGUAGAGACCAGUCUUUCAACAUGGACGCCCAGCAAGGAGCUCAGGGACUCCCUGGUGGACAUGUACACAGCUAAUCCCAGAGUGAAUGUGGAGCUGCGACAGCGUCUGCCUGCACCGCAGCCACUCAGCAGCCCUGCCAGAUCUGGGAUCAGUCUGAGUCUGGACCACACUGACUGGCCUCAGGCCCCUCAACACCUUGAAGAGCCUCCAACCUCCUGCUCACCCUCCCCGUUGACCCACAGGAGGUCCGUCUCUCCUGUCUCACCUCCCUUCCACAGGAGGUCCGUCUCUCCUGUCUCACCUCCCCUCCACAGGAGGUCCGUCUCUCCUGUCUCACCUCCCUUCCACAGGAGGUCCGUCUCCCCUGUCUCACCUCCCCUCCACAGGAGGUCCGUCUCUCCUGUCUCACCUCCCCUCCACAGGAGGUCCGUCUCUCCUGUCUCUCAGUUGUCCUUGUGGCCUCCAGGAGGUGCAGGGGAGAUGGAGACGGACCUUUCCCCCAGCCGAGGCCCUUCUCCUCGGGCAGAGAGCUGUGGAGACGUCCCCGAUGGAGGACGAGCAUCCAGAGGUCCUGGUAGUCCUGGAAUCAGGAGACAGCUGGUCAGCACUGACGACAGCUCUCAUCAGGAGGUCACGUUCGGUCCAAUCACAGCGUCCGGUCGAGGUCAGAGUUUUGAUCGAGAUAAAAAUAUCUCGUUUUUACUGAAAGAGCUCGAUGCUCUGAGAGACAUCAACAAGAAGCUGCGGGAUCAGCUGGUCCAGAAGGAGAAGGAGCUGCAGAGGAGGGAGGUGGAGGAGGCGCUGGUGGAGGAGCAGAGUGAGGCCCGAGUCUGGGAGAGACCUGCAGCGGUGUUGGAGGAGGUGUUAGCUGCUCAGAAGGAUCGAGAUCAGGCUCUGAUGUCACGGCUCCUGCUGGCCAAUGAGGAGAGAGACGAGGCUCUGCUUCGUGCUCGCCAACUGCAGCAGGCCUCCAGGAUGGAGGAUAUUGAGCCUGAGGACUCCGACCUGGAUUCCGACGAGCUCCUUCGCCGUGUUUGCGACGCCGACUCUGUCCAGGAAGUUGAGCAGUUCGGUUCAGUUCUGGUUCAGCAUCUGCGGCUGGCAAGGCAACGGAGGAAUGACAUCACUGCUCAGGAGAUGAAGGCCGUGAUGGAAGAGAGAGACAGCUCUGUAGCCAAGUGUAAACGGCUGGAACAGGAGCUGAUCCAGGAGAGAGAGCAGAGGGCGAGCGAGGAGGAGCUGCUGAGGCUUCAGAGAGAGAGAGGUGGAGCUCUUGAGGACAGGCGGCGCCUGGAGGCGGAGCUACAGGUGCUGCAAGCCAAUCCCAGCUCUCAGGACCUCCUCACCGCUCCUCCCUCGUCGCCCGGUGACAGCAUCUCUCCGGCGGGUUCGUCGCUGGCGGCUCAUCAGGCCCCGCCCCUGCAGCUCCAGGUCCAGCAGCUGUCGAAGGAGAAGCAGAGCGUGGAGGUGGAGCUUCAGCGCUGUCGGGAGGCGGAGCAAGAGGCCAGCGAGAGAGUCCGCAGGUUGGAGCGUCUGGUCGAGGUUCUGAGGAAGAAAGUCGGGACAGGAAGCCUCCGAGCCGUCAUCUGAUCUCCUGUCCCUUUUAUUUUACACUUCCUGUUUUUAUAAACUGAUUUUAUUUUUUUCAUCCUUCAGUUAUUUUUCCUUCAUAUUAAUACACAUUUUUUUUUACAGUGGACUCUUUCUGUUUCUUAUUUUUAUGUUCAGUAUCUUAAACUUUUAUCAACCAAAAAUAAUUCUUCAGUUUUUAGCUGUUUGAGUUCAGCUGUAAUCACGAAAUAUUUCUGUUUCUGUGUUUUGUUGUUUUGUGUAGUGUAUCUACUUUAAAUAUGGUUGUAUGAUUGAGUGUAUUCUGGUUUUGUUAUUUGGUCUGGACAUGAAAUAAAAUGUUAGGAAUA